AGACAUUCAGAGGGCAAAGGCCAACACCGCCUGUGGACCCCAGGGACCUAAAGGCGUCAAUGACGCCGACCAGAUAACCAGAUUGAGUACGUCCAUGCGUUGCUCUAGCCUCCGGACGGUGUAGCAUCGCAGCCCUUUCCACACCUUGCGCGAAGCAAGAAGCAAGAAGCUCCCAGAGCACUCCUCGAGCCUGUCCCACGCAAGGGAUCUUCAGCGUUUCCAAUUCCAUUUCCACUGCCAUCUCAACAUCACGACCUGACAGUCCCUGUGGUCAUCAGCUCCGUCAUUUACAUACAAUAAUCUCCGCAAGCCAUCUUGUAGCCCGUUUCUGCUUUAUUCUUAUUCCCAGUCGCAGUUUCUGUCUUGUCCCUCAUCACGCGCUGCGCCGCGUCGCGCUGCGUUGUUCGGCCUCCGACUAGUCGCUGAUCUUUGUGGUUCCUACGCUCGCGCCAGGCUUGCUCAAUGCUAACCGACUGGACCGCCUCUCCUCUCGUACGUCGGAGGUCCUUUUGACAUGCCGCCACACGCCAUGUGGCCACCACAACCACUUCCGUCCCGCAAUCUGCCUCCACCUCACGUACGCCAGCCUCCUGUUCACGAUGCAUCCGGUAACCAAGGUGCUCCACGCCGAACCAGAGCAAGCAAACCUAAGGUUCGGACUGGCUGCAAGACGUGUAAGAUCCGCCGGGUCAAAUGCGACGAGACCAAGCCAAAUUGCAAUAGAUGUACCUCCACAGGUCGCAAAUGUGAUGGGUACCAGGCCCAUGCCAAAGACACUUUGACGCGGUCACAGUCAACUGACACCUUGCCACCGGACACGUCCGGUCCCACCCUUCAACCACCUUUUCUUCCAGUUUCAAUCUCCAAAUCAUUCCAAGGAACUGUCCAACAACGACGCACCUUUUAUCGUUUUCAGUACUGCACCAUCCCCGCUCUUGCUGGCGGAUCUGAAUCAGGCUUUUGGACCAAGCUCCUCCUCAGAGUGGGCCAAGAGGAACCAGUGGUUCGCAACGCCAUUAUUGCGUUGGCGACAUUGCAUGAGGACUAUCAGGAACGUUGUGGCAAAUACAACCUUCAGCUGAUAGAGGAUCCCAGUUACCGCCACGCUCUGGGGCUCUAUGGCGCCUCCUUGCGAGAAUUGAAUCAACGGUUGAACCAGCCAUCGAGGACCAACGCGAGACUCGCCAUCAUUUCAAGUAUAUUAUUCACCUGUUUUGAAGUUCUCCGUCGCAAUAACAUGGCUGCCGUCAUUCACUAUCAACAAGGCAUGAGAGAACUGAUUCGCCAGAUGAAUCUUCCCCAAGGCGAGGACACCUCGCUAACACCCUACUCACCCCAAGAGUACCAGACCUCACGCGCCAACUUUCGACAAAUUCCGGAGAAUGAGUUGGAUGAGCUUCUAAGAGUCUUUGCUCGGUACGACAUUCAAGCUUGCACCUUCUCCAAACCUCGAGCGGAACCUCUGAAUUUCCCCAUCAAUGCCCUGCCUCGCGUGCAGCCUACCAAUCUCACCUUGACUCAGGUUCGCACUCAUCUGGACAACUUGCUAGUAUCUGUCUACCAGCUCGUGAAGUCUGACCUGAAGAUGUUCCGAUAUUGGGACUCAGAAGCAGUGCCCCUAGAAUGGCGACUUCAGAGGGAACAAGCUGUUGGGGUCUUCGACGCCUGGCUGGCUGCCCUCGAAGACUUCUUCCAGCUUCAUGAGAAGAACCUAGGUCUCGCAGAACUGAGAAGCUUGCUCGGGUUAAGACUGCAAAUCAGGACCGCAGUCAUCAUGCUCAAGGUCAGCAUAGAUUGUGGGCCAGAAAGCACAUUCGACCGAUUCAACAAGGAGUUUGAAGACAUGAUUUCGAGGGUGGAAGGAAUGACAACAAAGUUUCAAAUGGUCAAUGUCCUACCCCUGGCACUGGACAAAACGCCAUUUACCAUGGAACUUGGUGUCGUUCACCCUCUUUUCUUUGUGGCGUGCAAGUCUCGAGACCGGGCUCUUCGCAGACGUGCCGUUGAACAGCUGAAGAAGGUUGGUAAAGAAGGCGUAUGGGAGGGACCCAUUAUGGCCGUGCUGGGAGAAAGAAUCGCAGUCCUGGAGGAACAAGGCGUGGAGGAAGGUGGGGUCAUCCCAGAGGCCAAUCGAUUCCACGAGAUUAAGAAGAUUGUGGAUUACGACAGACGACUUGUGUUUUGGGAAGGCAACAGACUCCUCGAUGUGAAAGGCAGAACAUUCAGCGUGCACAGGGAAGCGCUUCCCUUCUAAGACAUGUGCAAAAAGAAUUGUUGAUCCUUACCUAGUCUUAUAAGCUGUACGAAUACACAUAAGGGUAC